UUCAUUUUCAACGCAGGGUUUUAUUUGUUUAUUUUUAAUUUAAGUUUUAUUAAAAAAGUUGAAAUUAAAAAAAAAAAGAGUAUACCGUUUUAGAAAGCGUAACAAACCCUGCGUCACAAGCAAAACCCUUGUUUCUCAGUGCCGUCACUUGACACCUCUGAGUUCUCAGUUUGAACUUCUACAGUUUUCAAGAAUCGGAAUUAACUUCAAAGUUCUGAAAAGGAUCAUCUCAAUCAAUAAUCUUGAUAAUAGAUACACUCUUAUCACUGUCAUUGAUCAUCAUAUCACAAUUCCUUCCAACGCCUUGGUUUCUACAAUUGCGUUAAACUCACUUCAUACAAUUGAAACUAAUUCAAAACAACAUUGACGGCAAUGGCAAUCUCUCAGUUUCCGAGCAGUGCCGGUGCCGAUUUGAAGGAUAAAGUACCUUGUUCUGCUGAUUCUAGUGCUGGACAGAACGUAAUUGGCGGGGAUGAUGGCUUGUUCAACCUUGCAGACGAGGUGUUCGACGUAUCUUCUCAAUGUGAAAAUAGUGAAUUAUAUCCACCACUGUCUUCAGCAAAAAAGAAUAAUAGCCAAAAGGAUAUUAAUGAUGAGCAGCAAAAACAAACUAAAAGAAAGAUAUAUCGGCCCAAAGUGGUCUCUGAAGAUCCCAAGAGAACAAAGAAAUCUCAUCCUCAAAGCAGUGCCACUCCAAAACCUUCAACUCCGAAGCAGAGAAAACCUGAUGUCAAAAAAACUCCCAAGUGUCGGCGACCAUUAUUUGAUGAUGGUGGAGAUUUCAUCUCUCUACCAUUUUUGGAAAAUUUCAAUGAUUCAACCGUUUGUCAUGGUGGAUUUGGGAAUUCUACUAUAACUAAUGAAUCUGCCAUUGGAUAUAAUUCUCUGCAGAGUUAUCAGAAGAUAAAUUCAUUGUCAUGUUUAUCUCUAGUUGAGAACAGAAGAGUUGGAGGAAACUUUCCACUGAUGUGUAAGCGGAAAAGAGUUAAAAGACAAAGAAUGUGUUUGGUAAAAGUCUUAACCCCUUUUGCAAAGGGGAAAAGAUCAAGUCUUUCUAUGAAAAAGAGAAAAUGUUUUGAAAAUUUACACAUAGAAGGAAGUUCUAUACCGAGCAGACAAAUGAGGCUUAUACUAAAUAAACUGACUUCUUUGAAGAAAAAAGAUCGCCGAAAGAUAAAUAAGUUAAAUAUCCUAAAAAAAUCAGAGGAGUUAGUUAUUUAUAAACAACAAUCUCCAAGAGUUGAUGUAUUAUUUGAUGAUGAUACAUUACGAGUAUGGAAUUUGCUCGUUGCUGAAAGAGGACAUGAAGAAAAGGAUGAUCAGAAACGUAUUCAUUGGGAGAAUAUAAGAAAGUAUUAUCAGAAUAUGGUUCAAUCAUUCUUAGAUCAGAUGCAAGACACCCAAGGUGAUAGAAGAUUCUUACCGUGGAAAGGUUCAAUUUUGGAUUCUGUGGUUGGAGUUUUUUUAACUCAAAACGUGUCUGACUAUUUGUCAAGCUAUGCAUUCAUGUCACUUGCUGCUCAUUUCCCUAUCAAAUCAGUUGGCUGUGAAAAAGAUAUCAAUAUGGUUUUGUUGGAUCCUAAGUUUGAUAUAGAGAUGAAAGAUGGAAAAGGUGAAGAAAUGGAAGUUGAGAAAGUCAAUGAAUAUCUCAAAGUUGAUGACAGGGGAACUGAAUACAAUUCUGCCAAUGAAUAUCCCAAAGUUGAUAACAGAGGAACUGAAUACAAUUCCGCCAAUGAUACAAAAAAGACCAAGAAUCAAGAGGAAAAAGAGCUAUUGGAAAAGAAACAACAAUAUUGGGAUACACUAAGAAAAUACCACAGUGAUAAGCCUCGACACGAUGAUCACAUGGAUUUUGUUGAUUGGAAAUCAGUAAAAGAUGCAAAAGCUGGUGAAGUUACAAAAGCUAUUGAAAUUCGUGGUCAACAAAAAACUAUUGCUGACAGAGUAGUGGAUCUUUUGAAAAAGUUAUAUUCCACCACUGGAAACAUGGAUCUAGAAUGGCUGAGAUAUAUUCCACCACUGGAUGCAAAGGAAUAUCUUUUGAGCGUACAUGGAUUGGGAUUGAAAAGUGUGGAAUGCAUAAGACUUUUAGCACUUCAACAUAUUGCUUUUCCGGUGGAUGUAAAUGUUGCAAGAAUCGUAGUACGUUUAGGAUGGGUUCCUCUGCAACCAUUGCCAGAAUCAAUGCAAAUACAUAAUUUAGAGGAAUUUCCAGAUUCGAAUAAAAUUCAACAGUAUCUUUGGCCAAGACUAUGCACUCUUGAUCAUCGUAAAUUGUAUGAAUUGCAUUAUCAGCUGAUAACAUUUGGAAAGGUCUUUUGCACAAAGAAACACCCAAAUUGCAAUGCUUGUCCAAUGAAACAGAGGUGUUUACAUUAUCAAAGUUCCCUUGCAAGCAAAAGAUUUGCCUUGCCAUUCAAUCCAUAUUCUGAUAUGCUAAGCAACCCUACAUUGACGUCUGUUCCGUAUGAAAUUAAAGAAUGUGAGCCUAUAAUUGAGAUGCCUGCAUCACCGGAACUUGAAACAGCGGAGUUGGCUGAUUUUGAAACAAAGGAUGAUGAAGAGAUUUACCAUGAUUAUAAUAACAAAAAUGGUGAAGACAUUGAAGAUGACAUUGAAGAUAUGGGAAGAGUCGAUCGCAGUACUCAAGAAUCAUCAUGCUUGCCAAAGCCCGUCGAUUAUUCUUUCGAUGGAUUUGACCAUGACAUGAAUACAUCAACGGCUAUAGUUGCUUUACAUCCUUAUGCUGCAAACACCCCUUUACCAAAAAUGAAAGAAGCUAGCCGUCUCAAAACCGAGCGUACAGUUUAUGUUCUCCCGGAUGAUCACCCUCUCUUAAGAGAGCAUGCUCCAUUUCAUCCACGUGUACAUGACGAUCCUUCCCCUUAUCUUCUUAUGGAAUGGCUAAAAGCGGAAUUAGAAAGCUCGGGUUAUUCAAACACAUCUGACUUGCAAGAGGAAGAUAAUAGCCAAGCAGUUCCUGGGACACUUCUGAUACCAUGCCGAACUGCAAUGAAAGGGUAUUUUCCCUUGAACGGAACAUACUUUCAAAUUAAUGAGGUUUUUGCUGACUUCGCUUCAAUGAUAAAACCGAUUUAUGUUGCUAGACGUUUGUUAUGGUCUCUAACGAAACAGAUAGCAUAUUUUGGUACCGGGACAUCUUCCAUUACAAGAGGUAUGUCAGCUGAAAAAGUUAGAGAAUUCUUCAACGAAGGAUACAUUUGUGUGAGAGCAUUUGAUACAAAAACCGGAGCUCCAAAACCAAUAUCAUCCCUGCUGCAUCUCAACACAACUGCUAGAUUUGAAAAAGAAAGAGUUGAAAAAGAGAAAAAGGCAGUUGAAAAAGAGAAAAAUGAGUCGCCAGAGUUAUUAGUAGCAAAUCAUGACAGGAAUAUCAUGACCUAUGCAAGCAUAGUGUAAAAUUGUUUUUAAUAGUACUUUUGGAAUAUUAUUGUUUUUUGUAUAUCAAUUUAAAAGUGAAUAAAUGAAAUGUCGUUGAUUCGAAUCUGCGUCUCUGCAAUUGUAUUUCUUAUAGGUGAAUAAAUAAGAUGUCGUUGAUUCGAAUCCGCGUCUCUGCAAUUGUAUCUACCCGAGCAGAUAUCUUACUGUAUAAGAAUAAUUAUUAUCAAUUUUUAUUUGUCAAAUUUUAAUAACUUUCAUUCUCUUAUUGGACAAAUAUAAACUUGGUUCAUGUUUGUUCCAGUUUAUGUUGCUAUUCAAUUUUU